AUGAAGGCAACCCACUCAUGGCGACGGCGGCUCAUUCUUGGUAUGAGCAUUGAGGACGCGCGAAGUAAGUUUGACUCCCCUGAAUCCCGCGUGGCCCUACGACUCGCACAUGAGCGAUAUAAUCAGGGAAUUUACCACGAACUCAAUCUUGCCCAGCGACAACGGAAUAGACUGCCAGCGGAACGUAAAUGUCAUCUCGUACGGCAUACCAAACCAAGUGUAAAGGGUUUUCAGGGAUAUAUAAAGUCUUGUCCGGAGGAUUAUGUUGUGCGGGAGAUUUGGCAAUGUGAGCAAGAGGAAAAGGAGAAACUCGGGAGUUCUGCUGAUGAUAAGAAGAAUAGUGUUAACAACAACAACAACAACACUGCAGAUACUGCGGUUACGGGUGGAAUAAAUGAUAUUGGAGAUUUACUACAAGCAAAGGCCCUCCAUGCCUCAGAGAAAAAGAAGGAAGUGGAGAUCUCAACAGUAAAAGCGCAGACAGGUAGUAAUAGUGAAGAUGCGGAAUACAAACAGCAAGAGUCGGAGUCCACAACAACAACAACAAUGAAUUCAGAAACAGUUGUGAUGAAGAAAGAUACACUAUUGGAAAAUAUGGGAGGAAACACACAACUGCAGAAACAAGAACAAAAACAUUCUCCACUGCAUAUAGGAAAACAAGUCGCUUUGGAGAAUAACACAUAUGAACAACAUCGUUCGAUAGUUCUUGCAGAACUUGUACGAGUGGCAGAAGCACUCAGUCAUGAUGCCCGUCAACAACUUGGAGAGAGAAGAGAACAAGGCACAUUAUUACCAUUACAACAAAACUCAUUGGUAGAUCGACUUGUGGAUAAUGUGAAAGAGGCUAAAGAUAAAGGUUACACCAGUCUCUCCUCUUCUUCACAUCUUCUUGAACCUCUUGGACUUUCUAUGAAUAUCUGUGGAAAGAAAGAUAAACAUCUUCUUGAGGCUUUUCGAAGUCCAUUCCUAUGUCUCCCUGCGGAGGAGAAUCACAUCUCACUUUCAUUAUGGGUUUCUGGUAGUCUCAUCGCAAAGGAAGAACUUAGUGAAGAGUUCCCAUACCAUAUUGCAAAACAUGCAGAACCGGAAGUAUAUGAAGAUGGAACCCCAAUCACUUCCAGUCGUCUUCCUAAAGCUAGUGUAGAAAUAUAUUUUUCUCCUGAACUUUAUCAACUACAACAAACACUUGGAAAAGAUGGUGUAUUAGCCCUACGACGUUUUAUUGGACGUGUGAUGAAACGUCAACAUGAUCCACUUCCUACAGCCUCCUCUAUACUUCUUAACAUGCGAGCGAGUGAACAGGAAACAAGUAGUUUAUGUACAGGUGAGACAACAAGGAUUCCAUGGCUUCACCUUAUAAAGACGAAAGUGGCUUCUGUUACGGGUGUAGUUCUUGAGAUGUCAUCUGAAGAUACUCCAGCUGUUUCUGCGAUGCGAGAGGCGAUUCAACUUGUUUGGCGGACUUGGGGAAAUCUCGUUAAGGAUCUUCACGUACAUGGGGAUCUUGAUUACUUGUAUGUAUCUAUAUGGCCAAAGGUGGAAAUACCAGAAGUAAGGCUAGAAAAACAAGAACGAAAAGAGAAAGAGAAAGAAAAGGGGCAACAACGGUAUCAUAGUGACUUGACUCGAGAGGAAAAUGCGGAUAUUGGAUUAGAAGUCUCUGAAAAAGAACAACAACAACAACAACAACAACAACAGCAGUCAUUACAUCAACAUCAACAAGGAGGAAGUGUAUCAUCUAUUCGAAGUGUAAAUGAGGCAGUUGAAGGAAUAAUACUAAAUGAUAGUUCUCUAUGGAAAGGUUUUAAAUCACGUAAGUCGCAUAUCAAAACAGCACUUCUCCCUGCAGACUUUGUAGUGGUGGAAUGUCUCUUGGAAAAGAAAGGUUUACCACAUCGAUUGGUAGUAGAAGAUAUGGUGGAAACUCUCACUGAAUUACAACGACAAUCAUUGGAGAUGCAAAGACUAUCUGUAGUAGAAAAUAAUAAUAAUAAUAAUAAUAUAGAUGAGAAUGAAAAUAAAGAGAAUGGUAUUGCUGGUGGUAUAGUGAGACCUGUAUUGUAUGCUCCAAAGAUUACUGUAUCCCACGCUGGUGUAAUUGAAGCCGCCGCUCAUGGUUUUCAACGUAUACGUAUUCGUGGAAGUUGUCUGGCUCAUGUUGAGGCUCUCGCACGUACACUUCAAACAGGUGAACAUUUUACAGAUCGUGUGGAAAUGAUAACACUUCAUCGUGGUAGUAAUAUGAAUACUAUUUUUACUAAUGGUGGUAGUGGUAAUAGUAUAAAGAAAAACAGUAAUGGUAGUAUGUUGGAACUUCCACCAAAUCUUUCCUUCUCUUCCACACAUAGUGAAACACAGGCGUAUGUAAGUGGACGUCGUCUUCUUGGUCAUCGUAUACCAUCCUCUAGUUAUACCGUUCAACGAACUGUAAACGGUCGAUUCCACACACAUCAAACUUUACGUCCAUUACAACAUAUGAUUGUAAAUAAGGAAGAACGUGAGUUUUGGAGUACACAUUAUUAUCGAUUGUCAAAUAUUCAAUUGGUCUUUCACGAUCGUGUAAGUGCUGUGGAUGUGGCUGACCCAACAGGGUGGUCAUCUUCACUAAAAGAGCAAUUACUGGCUAUGGGUAAGCAACGUAGUAAACAACAACAACAACAACAACAACAACAACAACAUGGAAGAGAAGAACAUGAGACUAUGGAAACAACAGAAGAUACAGAAGAGAUGAAUUCACGAAAUAAAAAAUUACGUAAAAAGAAAUUAAAAUCAAAGAAAGUUGCCCAUACAGUUGUAUUAGAAGAAGUCCUUGCAACUAUGACUCCAGAAAAGAUAUUUGAAUACCUCUGUAUUGAUAUGGAAGUAGAGAGUGCUAGUUAUGAUUUCCGUGUUGGGGAUAAUGAUGGAUAUGCUUAUAAUGUAAAACUACGUCGAAUCCCACAGAGUCAUCUUUCUCUAGUCAAACCGGCUAUUCAUUCCGUAAUGGAAAAAGGAUUUAUUAACUACUUUGGUCCACAGCGGUUUGCUAGUUAUACCAAACAUAACAUGCAUCCAGGAUUACAUCUCCUUAAAGGAGAAUUUCGAGCGGCGGCAAGUAUUAUUGUUCAACAAUUCUCUAUGGAUGCGGAUCUCGCAGCGGAGAAAAGACGUACAGGUGCGGCUUUUCCAAAAAUGUAUCAUUCUAAAGGAAUGGGAUUUCGACUUUCGGAUCUUGACAAGUCUUUUCAUACGAGACGAUCCAUUACAGAACAUGGUACAGCAUUACAAUCUAUUCUAGAUAGUGCCUUACAAGCAAGUGCUUUUAUUGGUGAAGAGGAUGAUGAACACGGACAACAACAACAACAAGGUAAAAAAGAUGGAUUAUCUCUAGAUCCCUGUGCAGAAGCCUUUUUACAUGUGGUAGGACCUAAAGCAUGUUUAAUGUUGGUACAUGAGUUUCUGGCAUUUGUAUGGAAUGAUAUUGUAAAUCAACGCUUACAGCGGUAUGGUACCUUUGCUAUUCUUCCAGGUGAUCUUGUGCGUAAGAAUCCGUUGGCUUCUCCACAUUCAGAAGAUUACGGUCGUGUUGUGUAUGCUUCUAAAAAAGAUAUUGAUAAAGGUGAAUAUAACUUCUUUGAUGUGGUAUUACCUAUUCCAGGUGUGGGUGUACACUUACCUGAUAAUCAUACUACCGAUCUAUAUAUUGUAACCCUUAAGCGGAUGGGUAUUCCCUUUAAUCCUGAAACGAGACAAUGGGAUAUAUUUAAACCACGACAUAGUUUUACUGGUGAGGAAUCACCGCAGUCUACGGUGUGGGGAACAUCAUCACCGUACAGACGUUUCUCAUCUUCCUUUGCUUUAAUGGAGGAGGAGUUGGGUAGUAGUACCACCAUUGUAGAACCUAUUGAUGAUGUAAACAUGGAAGGUGUAGGAGAUAAGACUUUAGCAACAGCAACAGCCACAACAACAAUGGGGGAUGCUAGUCAUUUGCGAAGUGAUUUACGUCAGGGGCCAGUUCCUGGAAAUCCAUUAGGUGUUAAUGUAUGUGGAUUCUACCGUCAUGUUUUGAUAAAUCCAUCAUCCACGUUAACGUGGCGAAUGCAUGUGGGAAAACCCAGUUAUCCACAUAAGCGAUGGGCACAGUGGGUUCGACAAACCAUUGCACAGAAUGAUAAUAGAAACCUUCCACUCUAUACAGAAAAUAGUAGUAGUAGUAGUAGUGGUGCUGGUGAUAGUGAUGGUAACGAACAGCAAUUACUAAUAGGACGUGCUACUACGUAUAGAACUACUACUACUACUACUAGUAAUACUACAAUAGUAGGUGGAGUUAGUGGUAAUAAUAAUAAUAAUAAUAGUAUGAGUAUGAGUAGUGGAAAUCAUAAUGGAAUGCGAGUUUCCCAUGCUGUUUCCCCUGCCCCUUAUUGGCUUGCAGAGAAGAGUGAUGGUUGUUUAGAUUUAAGUUUUGAAUUGCCUUCUAAUGUCUAUCCCGGCAUGCUCCUACGCGAGAUCACGAAGAGUGAUGUGAACAGUCCAGACACUGUAGAUCUCGACAGACCACUACUCGACACGCGGGCCAAAUCAUGGAAUGAUCUCACUGCCGAUCAACAGGCAACUUAUAAACGUUAUUUAGCGCAGAAACGGCAGAAACUCUUCACAUCUCGACCACGUGCAAUUAAUGUGGCCUUAUUACAUCAGCAGAUAUUUCGCAGUAGUGGAAUGCGACGUAGUCUGUUGCCGUCUAUGCGGGGUUUUGAUAAUAUUUCAAAAUAA